UUGAAAAGUUAAUUGGAUUCAGAGAAGAGAAUGAAAGCACAUGCCUCACCACCCCGAAUUCCCAGAACCUCCAUGUUUUUAACCCAUCUAAUAAUAGCAAACGUGCAUCUAACAUUGCUUUGGUUUCGGACAAAUUGCGGUGAUGCAUUUAUCAACACUUUCAUGACGCAUGGCUAAAAGGGUUAUCACAAUCUAUAAAGCAUUAUAACUUAAAGAAAAGACCAUUUGCCCCGAAACUCAGGAAAUUUAUAUUGACUAGGCUACAUAUCAAGUCUAUUAGAACGAACUAGAGAUAGCCUAUUGUCUUAAUUAAAUGAAAAAGCUAGCUGUGCAUGUGCCUGUGGAUAUUUUGUUGCAGAGUUGGCAAAAAGCUAAAUAAUGAUGAAAGGGGUCACAACAAGUGAUAGUCUAACUAUGUUGUUAUAACUUUUAACAUCUUUCCUGAGAGUUAGACCUCUCUGGGACGAGCAAGUCAUCGCAUUGUGUCAGAGAAUCCGAGUGAAAAGUCCAUUGUUGCACUGCGAAGUUUUUAAUCUGGGGAUUUUAAGAACAUCACAUGCUCAGUCUGAGAAGUGACGGACCUCUACACAAAUGCACAUUCCAAAGCUCGUUUCUCCUCUCUUUAGCUGUUUUCUUUCGUACAACAAAAUGGAAAUCUAUUAACCUACGAAAAGAUUGAAGGAACCCAAGCGCUACAACUCCACAGCGGGCACCUGCGUCACCAUUUUGAGGAGUUUUUCGCUGGAGGGACCAACUUUGUUUUUCGGGCGAAGGCGAAUUGCUUCAGCAUUUCUGAGGAUUUAUUGCACCCUAAAAUGACGUACACGUAUAGCCAACGAUCUUUAAUGGUGCUUGCUCUAUUAGGGGUCCUGUCUGCCAUUAUGUCUUUACUAUCAGUCUUCUUGAUUUUCCAACUUCAGUCACAACAAACGGGUGUCAAGGAAUCUACGUCGCCUAUCGUUCCCGUUGAAGUUGCAGUUGUUCUUCUGCCGGUUUCAACAGUUCUUACUGCCUUGUCUUUGACACUAAACCUGAGUUCUGUGGUGGUAUGCAUCCUGCAUAGCUAUUUCACCGCUGAGAUUUGCAGAGGGGAAGAAGACACGGAGAGAGCUGACUGGUUUCUGUUUGACAGUCGAGCUGUGCGGCAUGUGGCCAUUGGUUUAUUUUGUCUUGGUGUGUCCGUCUAUCUAGCAGCCAUGUCCAUUUAUAUGCUGUUGGUGUUUGAGAACGAGACAGGCAUCGCCAGCGUGUGUGUCCUGUCCUCGGGAGUACUCGUACUGCUAAUCAUAGUGGCUCACUCCCUGGCACGGGCGGCCCGUACCGCCCGACAGUACCACAGCGAGCACCCCCACGCCAUGUACCAGAACGAGCCCGAGAGCAGCCCCGGUGUCUACCCACCUGAGCUGGGCCACGUGGACAAAGUCAGGACCCAGCGCAGCCAGUCCAUCCUGCAGCGCCAGCUGUCCUACCCUCCCUGCCCUAACGUUAAACAGAAGCAGCAGUACGCUUCGUCCAGCGGGAUGCCGAGCCACACCAGCGAGAAAGAGAGCUACAGCGGCAGUGGGGGAGCAGCGCCGCGCAUGCACCGGACCCUGUCUGCAGAGUCCGGACUGCUCCAGUCCCCGUCCAAGCCCUGGAACGGGAUCAACAGUGAGAUGAGGACUGUGUUGGCACGGAAGUCAGGUGCCAUAAGCAAGGACUCCACUCUGGUAUGACCAACACUGACCAAGUGGUCAGCACAACCAGGGACAGCCUGUAUCCACGGAUCAGUAGUUCCAUCUGCCAGCAACACAUCACAUGAAGAUGGUCACUUCAUGAAUGCUGUAUAAUGUAUCAUAUGCUUUGUCUGUCUGUCUUACUUAAGGAAAGUAUGAGGAGGUUAUUACCUUAACACUUACGGUUACACACCACUGACAAUGCUAAAUGGGUAAUGUGGAUUCCCCAUGCACCACUUCUCUAACUGUUGACCGCUGAACCAGAAAAAUGCGCUCAUUUGAUAUUUUUGUAUUGUUAUAUUAACUUAUUAGUUCAUGACAUGUUAGUUAUGUCACUUUCCAUACCUGUCACUUUCCAAAUAAUUUCCAAUAAAUAGA